UAAACUAAAACAAACUCCUGAAUAUCAUACUUAAGGAAAAAAAAAACCUGAAUAUCUUUACCCGCUAAAUAGAAUCGGAGAUUGCUUUUCUCCAGUUCUCUCACGGUCCCCCUGUUUAUUGCAAGCCGGAGAUUUUUCAGCAUUAUUAGGGUUUCUUCUUCUGUAGUGUUCAGCUUCGUUAAAUUCAUUGAACCGUUGAAUGUCAAUUUUUUUAGAAAUCAGAAGGCAUUUCAGUAGGUACUAGCAAAAGUUGAAGAUGGAGCCAGAGGUGAUAGAAGCAGAGUUAGUGUUGCCAACCCACCUGAAUUUCAAGCGAAUUCAAAUGUACGAGAAGUACCCAAAAGGCCAAUCCAGAGGCAGGCACUGGAAACAUCUGAAGCAAAUUCUUCAAGCCGAAAACUAUCACAACCACUCCCCUGACGAACCCAACUACGUUAAUAUUGAAUCACCUCCCUCAAUGCAUCCAUGCAAGAAGAUUUGCGAUAUAACUGGAUAUGAGGCACCAUACUACGAUCCGAGGACUACUCUUCGAUAUGCAAAUGCUGAUGUCUUCAAGGUCAUAAGGUCUCUUCCUAAUGAGUACGUUCAGAGAUAUUUAGCCAUGAGAAAUGCAGCUGUAAUUUUAAGGUGAAGAUGUACUACAUUUCUGCUGUUCAUUUGCUCGGUGUCUCCUACAUUCUUGGGAACGUGCAAUGAAUAUGAACCGAUGGCAAUAAGCUUUCCAUCUCGUUGAAAAUGCAGUGUGAAACCUGUUAUGCAUGCUUAAGAUGUAUUAUAUGUAUAUUUACUCGAUUUCUUUUUUGUGUAUAGGAUCGUUAUGGCGAUUUAUAUUCACCUUGGAACCUAUUAGCUGUAGUUGAUUCAGUUGGUCAAAACUUGCUUGCAAAAAACCUUGAUGGAAUAGUAUGGAACAGAAUCAAACGUCUAAAACUAUUUUGAUGCCUAAA